AAAAAAGAAAUCGAUGCAGCAUGUAAGAAAUAUAAAAAAAAAAUUCAAACUUUACUGAUUAAUAAUGAUUUUGAAUGCCGAAGUUAUGAAAAUGAGGAGGAAUUAUUCUAUUCAGAUCGUGAUAAAUAUCUUGUUGCAGAUUAUGAAGAUUUCAAAAUUUUUAUUUGUUGCAAAUUUAGAGAUUAUAAUGAUGUAGGUUUUAAUGAUGUUGAAAGAACAAGUGGGUUUAUAAAAAGUUAUCAUAGUGAGGAUACUGGUGUCAUCGUAACUAAUCAAAAUUAUUCAAAAAAUGCAUAUAAUCAAGCUAGUAAGAUGAAAAUUUUAGUAUGUCAAACACAAAAUUUAUUAGAAAAAAUUAAAAAAGAAAUAGAAC